GACUUCCCUCUAACGCUUUUCACCACAUGUUGAAAUCUUUCCAACUUUUGACUCACACUGUACCCGUCCGCAGGCAUCCAUCAGAAAACCAGAAUUGAGUAAGCGCUCUUUGUGUGCAUAACCCGAGUUCCGAGUCAAAAAUAGAAAUUUCUCUACUGUUUGCGACGCGUAAAUUUACAGCUAAAUAAAAAUAAAAUCUCGCUUCGCUAAUUGUGAUCUAAUCGUUGCGCAGUGUUGACUUAAGUUCUUUGCCGUGGCGGACCCGUAAUUUCCGAUCGAAAACUUGUUCGGCGACGGAAAAUCUUUGCGCGACCUUUAAAGCGGUCGUCAACCAAGGAGCGUUUGUCACCUUCGCGGGCUGCAGUCUCGACCUGGAUUUCAGAUAGAAUCGACUAGGCUUUCAGCGCUGGGAGACGGAAAAUCAAAAGCAGCAAAUAUGAGUGAAUCCCUAGUUUUAUCUGAACACUUAUAGCCAUCCCCGGGAAAAGCAAAGUUUUGGUUUUGUUCUGGUUUUCUUUUGCAUUCGAGUGUGCAGCGAAGUGUGUGUGCGAGUCGUACGAGUGGAGAGGUGUGUGAUGUGUGAAUAAAACCACGCACACUGAAGCGAACUUUCUUCAAACCGUCAAAUCCCCGUGAAAAAAUCAACCAGUGAAAAGCUAACUGUAAGCGCCGAUUUUGUUUACCAACAGAGGCGAGAGACAGAAACAGAAAGCGCUAGAAAUUAGGCUGACGGUACAGUGCUUGUGUCUGGCCGUGCAAAGAACCCUGAAACAAAGCACUCGAGCUUCUUACCUGCUGUGCGCUCGUGGGAAGCGGUUUCUUGUUGGGAAUCAGAAACUCGAACUGGAAACUAGUUCUCGGCGCGUCUAAUCAGCCGCGCGAGUGUUGUGUAAUUGGACUGACUCUGGGACCUUACGAACAAGCGGAACGCCUUUCGAAGAACUCGCUCCGCUCGGUAGUGUAAUGUGCUCAAUAUCCACCGGAAAAAGUCAUCGCAGAAUCGACAAUCGAGUCCGGGCCGCCGUUAAAAAGAGAAUUUCAAUACAUCCGACGACAAUGUUCAGAAAUUGUAAUACAAACACCGUUUGCCUUGCAGCCGAGCCGAAAUUCGCAGCCACAACGAUACUGAGAGGCAACCAAAGCUACAUCUUGAAGGCUUAAAUCAUUCCCGUUUUAUAUAUAUAUUUUGCGUCCACGAUUAAAAUAUAUAUAUAAAAAGCUAAGUUUAGGGAAUAUGUUUUAAGAUCGCAUCGUUUUACAAAGGAAAAUAUUAUUGUUCGAAGCCAAAACACAAGUCAGAGGAGCGCAGGCACCGCUCAAACCUAAUCACUUGUUUGUCAUCAAAUUUGAACGAGAUAAGCUGCGCCGAGGCAGAGUCUACUGGGCAGCGCAAUCGGUUAUCGGUUGAUCAACUCGAGACCGUAAACAGAAGUUCGGAUUUCUAUAAAUUUCAAGAAGCAAAGUAAGUCAGCUCAGACCCAUCACCAUGAAACUGUUGGAGAGCUCGCGCUUUGAGGCGAUAAACAACGCCCUGUCCAUCAAGACGGGCGACAGCAGGAUCUUCGGCCGCAUCGAGAGCUACUCAUGCAAAAUGGUUGCAGCCGAUAAGGCCCUGUACAAGCGCUUCACUGCAGAGAUCCACGGCGUCGGCCCGCACGACUUGCAAGCAUUGUCGCCACCGCAAACUCUCAUGGAUCUUUCACCAGUCUUCGGACGUGGCAGCCAGUCCGGCGAUGAAGGAGUCAUCCUGUGCGAUACGAUUUCGCGUAAGACGUUAUUCUACUUGAUCGCCACCUUGAAUGCAACGUUUCAACCAGAUUACGAUUUCUCGGACGCCAAGUCUCACGAGUUUAGUAAGGAACCAUCUUUGCAAUGGGUUAUGAAUUCAGUUGAUUCUAACCUAUCUGCCGUAUCUGGUGAUCAAUAUCAAGGCUUACGCCAGCCACUAUGGUCAGCAAUCGAUGAUGAAAUCAGUCUCUCAGAAUGCGACAUUUACAGCUACAAUCCUGAUUUAAAUUCUGAUCCUUACGGCGAGCCAGGAUGUUUGUGGUCAUUCAACUAUUUCUUCUACAAUAAGAAGUUGAAGCGGAUCGUCUUCUUCACUUGCCGUGCAGUUAACUCAUUGUACAGUGGAGACUCUGGAAUAUCGUCCGAUUUAUCCAUGGAGGAUGAUACCUGUGGCUUUUAGAUUUGCGGAAAGUUGAAACUUAUUCACUUCUAUAUUCCAAACAGCUCCUUACUUUUGUUAAAUCUUAUUUUCUAUAACAUUUUUUUUUUUCAAAGCAAAACCAUAAUGCUUGAUAAGAGUUAAUUUAUGUUGCGAAAAAAUAUUAAGCAAUCAAAUCCACUAUAUUUCGGUGCCGGUAAUUAGAAGAAAACAGAAAAGGAGGAUUAAAAAAAUACAAAAAAAUAUUGAUGACGUGGUAAGAAAAAUUAAAAUCAAAAACUAAUGAAGAAUUCGAACUAUAUUUUCUUUUGGGAGUAUGUUUAAUGACGUAAAGGCAGGUGAGAGCUGCGAUGUGAGAAUUUACGUCGAUAAACAUACGCGAUGCAGGCAAUAUUUCUGCUGCUAUUACUGUUAGGGUUAAAUCUACUAAUUUUUGUUUAUUAAUACUUAGUUCUAUGCUGUAAUAGUUGUUAAGGAGAUGAUGUACUUACACUUGGUAAUAAUAGUUUACUUCAAGUGGAUGGCCAUGUACAAAACUAGAAGUUUUGUUGGAGAGGCAAAGUGUAAGGACAAGGUGUGAUUCGUUACUCCAUGAAUUUUAGGAGAACAAAAGUGAGAGAACAAAUUACUUUAAAACGUUAUGAAUUAUAUGUUGUUGGUCAUAUUGAUGCAUUUUUAGGCAAUCCUUCCGAAAGAGCGUGAUAAGUAGCAAAUUAUUUAGACUUUAUACGCAACUAUAUUCUGAAAAGCCCAAACGAAUUUAUAACAAAAGCAAAAGUUUUUGCGGAAAAUAUCAAAUCGUGAAUAUCGUUGAAAACAUGAUUGGGGCAUAUCUCAAGAAGAAGUACAAAGUUCUUGAAUGGGUUAGUGUUAUUAUAUACAUCACAUUUUUAAGAUAUCUGCUACCCACAUGAGCAGUUUUUAAUUAGUAAAUUCACCCGCUAAACGCAUAUCCUGGGGAAGAAAUGCAUCUCUAUCGAUACAAUUCAUAUGUUAGCUUGUAAGAUUGAAAAGCAGCAGAAAAUAUGCCCCUGUUGGUGUUUGAACAUUCAUAUUUUAACCGUUGUUCUUAAACUACGAACAUAUUGGACAAAAAGACUUAUUAAGCCAUUUAAGUAAAUAUUAAAAUUAAAAUAGAUAUUCAAACACUAACAGUAUUUCAGUACACUCAAUUUUAUAGGGCGGUUUCACAUCUACACCACUCUCAGGAUAGAUGUGAUGUUAUACUGCACGUGAGAACUAUUCUAUUGACUGUACUCAAUUAUAAUUUAUAUAUAAAUGUGUUUUCAUUCGUAUUUUGUUUAGUAGAUUUUGUGUUUUCGUGUUUUAUUUCAAAUCUUUCUUGUAACUAUUGGAACAAAAAUAUGAAUAUCAGAUCGUUUUUCAUAUGAGAAAGAAGAUAUAUCCAACGAAAGGAUACAAUAAAUUUGCAAGAAGAGGAAUUGGAAUUUGAUAAUGUAUUUUUGUAAGAUUUCCAAUCAACAUAAUGCAAAGCCAGACAAAAAAGACAUCAAAAACUAAUAUCAAUCAGUCUCAGACGAAUAUGCUCAGAUAGCCUUCGUCUUAUCUGCUUUACAGAUAUAAAUUAUCAAAACAUUUCUCUUCACUUUUAAGCCAAGUAAACAAAACAAUUAGUAAAAUAUUCAAAAUAUUACGAUAAGAAACGAUAAAUUAUCACUAAACAGAGGGACAUCGACUUUUUGUGUUUA